AUGCCAGUCGACAGCCCAGGGGCUGUGGCCCUGAAAUCCCCAUCUUCACCCCAGCUACAACAUAAAGCCCCCGGAGCGGAGCAGGUUGUGCAUGUGCACGCGCAUUUAGGGCCGGUGAGGGCUCUCAGCAGUGGUGGCGACAUUUUGCUGACGGCUUCGGAGGAUGGCACCAUCAAGCAGCUGGAUGUGCUCUCAAAUUUCUCGCCCUCGGACUUCUUCACUGUGGGUGUGCCUGCCUUGAGCAUACGUGCACGCGGCAAGAAUGUUCUGGUGGGCUGUGAGGACGGAGUGGCGGCAGUCUCAGUGCGUGCUGGUUGGUCGAUAGCAUGUGCAUAUCUUGGCGCUGCAUUCCUGCAGAAAUUUAUCCGAGGCGCUCCGGCUCGUAGUCUGGAUGCCGACCCAGAAGGCCCAGGUGGCCGGGUUCUAGCUGUUGGUGGCGGGCGUUUUGGAGUAUGGCUUGAUCCAGCCCAAAGACGGCAAGCCGGUCCAGACGAUGAGGCUCAGCAGCCAGCAAUCUCUGGAACCUGUGGUCCAUCUGAGACAGCUGUGCUCCUGCUUCCAGGGCAGCCAAAGGAUUUGCUGCAAAUCACGUGCGACGUGAGUGGUGAGCUGGACUGCAACUGUCACUGGACACCAGCCCCGGCCACCAAGUUUCUGCCUCAGAACCAUGCCGCAGUAGUGUGGCGGAUGAUCGGUGUGAGAACAGCUCGUUCAGGCCGAGGAAUGUCAAUCCGGCUCGUUUGUUCUGCUCCAAUGCCCUGCCUAGCUGCAGCAUGGAAGAGUGACGGUCAAGUUGUGAAAAGUGCAUUUGAGUCAGGCCAGGUGAGUCAGAACCCCCUAUGGCCAAAUCGGGAAAGGCAAAAGCGAGAGAGUCACAACAUGAAAACACGUGCGAGAAAGCAAGCCCUGCGAAAACAACAAAUGCCCUAUACAUCGGCGACGUUUGAGCAUGACAAAUGA